GGGUUUCAUUUUGAGAAGUCUGGAAUCCGUGAUGAGUUCUUUUUGUUGGUUGGAGUUUCAUCCUGGGUGAUGCUUGAGAUUGUAGCUGCUUCGAAGCGUUGUUUCGGAGUGGGCGUAGUUUAGGUCUGGGGAUUGCAGAGGGAGGGAGAACGAGAGAUAGAUAGAGAGAGAGAGAGAGAGAGAGAGAGAGAGAGCGAGAGCGAGCGAGGCACAUGUAGGAAUUGGUCUCUGUUUUUAGCCUUUUAGAGACGUGCAAUCGGAAAUCGGCACUGGGUGUCGUGUUUAGAUUCUCUGUUUUGCUUCUUGUUUUGUAAUCAGCCGUGGAAUUUUACUGGAUGUUCCUUUUUCUUCUGCUUCUUCUUCACACUCUUCUUCCGCUAAGGCUACUGUGUACUAGACUUUGUAUCUCUUUGGGCACGCGCUUCCUUUUGCUGGAGUAUGCACAGUUUCAUUUCAAUGUAAUCUGCUGCAUGGGUGCUUGGCAGGGCUCCAUCUUUCUGAAUUUGAAUCAUACCCCUCUUUCAGAUCAAGUUGCAGAAGAUUUUGCGUCUUCAAACGAACAAGAAAAAGCUAUUGAAUUUCCCUAUAGUUUGGGAUUCGCGUGUAUGCGAGGACGAUUGGUUCCAGAUGCUUUGUUUCAAGCUCAUGGCAACCUUCCCCGUUUGCGCUUUGAAGUUGUCAUGUAGUCGAAAUCAAGAACACAAGAAGAAUUGGAUCGGAGUCUUGGGUGAAAUGUGUUCAUUCUGAAUCAUCAAACACAACUCGUGCUCUUGCGACAGCUGAAGAACGCAGCAAAGACCAAGUUCAUCAAUAUGGUGAUGCAAAGAAGAGGAUAUCUUGCAGACAGAAAGGAGUCGUGACUUAUGAGAGUGAAAAGGACAGCGACAAGACUUGGGGCAUCUGGGGGGGGGGGGGGUUCUUGAUAGUCUGGUAGAGAGUUCAGACGCAGAAGUAGUGGAAAUCGUAUAUCUUCUCUCUCUAACAAAAUACGACCGAAAUGGGAGUGAGCAAGUACUAUGUAGUGGACGAAAGGGCUUUGGCAAGUUGUGGAUUGAACAUGUCGGGCAGCGACGAUUGGACGAGGAUGAGUUGGACAACAGUGUGGACCACAUGGCUUGCACUUGGAAUCAUAUGCGUCUUUUCAUUGUCUAAGGCAAUCUUCUUCAUUUGGCGGCGACCUGUCGUUAAAUCACAAGAAGCUUCUCUCUCAACAAUUGCGAAAGUUGGAUCUGCAGCAUCCACUCGUGUAACGGAGGAAGACUUGGCGCAGGUUCUGUCAGUUUUAUCUCAGGAUGAUAAUGGUGAAAACAGCCAGUGGGAACAGGUCAUUGACAAACAGAAUGAUUCCGUGAGCUACACUGCUAAACGGCGAGAUCCAAAGGAUGGAGGAGCGACCGAAUAUCUAAGCACCACAGUGCACGAAAAUUGUUCAACUCAAGUGGUGCGCGACUAUUACAUGGACAGUGACUUUAAAGCAGGGUGGGACAGAACUUUAGUGCAGCAUAAGCAGCUGGAAGUUUGUUCGGUAACAGGGACGGAGGUUGGAAUUCUGGUUAAGAAAUUUCCUCUCAUGACCGCAAGGGAGUAUGUCCUGGCGUGGCGCCUUUGGGAGGGUGAAGACGAGUCAUAUUAUUGUGUGAUCAAGGCGUGCGAGCAUCCUGAUGCUCCGAACCAGGUGAAGUACAAGCGUGUGGAGGUUUAUAAUUCUGGGUGGCGUAUCCAGAAAGUUCCUGGAAGAGCAGCAGUCGAAGUUAAAAUGAUUCAUCAAGAAGAUGGAGGCAUGCAGCGAGAAAUGGCUAAAGUAGCUUUCAAGCGUGGCAUUUGGAGUUAUGUACUUAAGAUGGACACUCAGCUCCGACGUUACGUUUCAAAUUAUGGUCAGCUGAAAAAGGAUUCAGUUAAUGCUGUCUCUCUUGCUCAGAAGGUACCUGAAUCACUGCAGGCGACGUAUGGUUUGGGGUCGAACUCACGUCAAGAAAUCACCAAUGUUGGGUACCAGAGAGAAGGUAGUGACAAGCGGCAACUUGGUCGGCAAUCGUCGCAGAGGAAGCUGGCAAAGGGGCUGCUGUUAGUUGGGGGCGCAGUAUUUUUAUCUCAAGGCUCUGCAUCCCUUGGGGCCAAAAUUGCCACAGCUUGUAUCGUAAAUCGAGCCAUGCGGCCUGAAGGCUCCUCAAAUUUUCUCAAGAGGAUUGUUGACAGGACUCGGGUGCACAGAGUUCGUAGAGAUGUUUUGUAGAACACGCGUGUUGAGGUCAAUGGACUUUGUAUCAUUAUUUCAGUUGUAGUUAGUAAGCGGUAAAUUAUCUGGUCGACGCAAUCUGUCAGUGUUGGUGCUACGGUAGACUGCGGCGAAAGAACCUGCCCUGCUAAAUUUCUCAUACUAUGAAAAGAGUUGUAAAGAGGCGGUAUGGGUUCCAAUGAAUCUCGAGUUGGUUGUAUCUCAAGAUUUCAAUCUGACGGCUUCUGUGAAGAGAUUAUUACUUCAAAAAUAUUCUGAAGAGUAAAUUUGGUUUGCGAAUUC